AUGGCAAGACGAUGCGACUUUGAGCACCACCAAUACACACAGGGCAGGUUGUGCAAAAGCAGUAAGCCUCACUACUCUCCGAUAAAUCCUCCCGAGGUCAUUGACGUUAGAAAAAAGUGCGCCGAACUAUCGUCCCAUUUUGGACCUAAUGUACACUACGGUGCGGAUGGAAAUUCUACGGUUUGGGACGCCAAACAGCAGGAUAUUCAAUCCGCCUGCCGCGUCACGCCUUCUAAUUCCCAAGAUGUGAGCAAGAUUCUGAGUACUCUGGUCGACCAUUGGUGCAGGUUCGCAGUUAAGAGCGGGGGUCAUGCUCGCAAUCCAGAUGACUCGGUGUCGAUUGGCGGCGUGACCAUCGACAUGCACUUGAUGAGAUCUAUCCAAGUGGCCCAUGAUCAGAAAACAGUAAGACUAGGCAGCGGCCACGUGCUUUAUACAAUGUAUCACGGCCUCGACGCGUUUAAUCUGACCUCGAUUGGCGGUCGAGUUGCUGAUGUCGGACUGGGUGGUUAUGCUUUGGGCGGAGGAAUUUCCAACCUCUCCCCUCAGUACGGCCUGGCCGUAGACAACAUCUAUGAAUAUGAGAUUGUCCUGCCAAACGCGACGAUUGUGCAUGUUAGUGAACAACAAAAUCCGGACUUGUACUUUGCACUUCGAGGUGGCAUGAAUAACUUCGGUAUUGUGACGAGCUAUAAUAUGCGCGCAGUUCCUCAAACAAACAUUCUUGGCGGAGACAAAACAUACAGUUCAAUUCAAAAGGACAAAAUCGCCAAUGAAGCCUUUGACCUAACUACUGCUUGGAAGAACGACACUGAUAUGGCAUUUUCCUACGGUUACAGCUACAUCCAGGCAUCAAAUCAAUUUUCCCUCAGUUUUAGUCAUGCAUAUGCGCGACCGAUUCUUCACCCAGCUCCUUUUGCUAGCCUCGAAAAGAUUCCAUACGAGUCAAGUACUGUGCGUAUUGAUCGAAUGAGUAACCUAUCUCUGGAAGGUGCUUCUCACACCCCAUCCGGGAGUCGUAACCUGUUCGCCACCGUGACAUAUAACCCAUCCGCGGACAUGGACGGGUGUAUUAUGGAUAUUAUGUCGGAAGAGAUACAGCCUCUCAAGCAAAUGGCAGGAUUCCUCCCAAACGUUAUCUUUCAACCUCUCUACGAAGCGGCAAUCCGAGCAGGCCGUGAAAGGGGUGGCAAUGCUCUAGGUAUUAGCGCCGAUGGUCCCCUAACUAUGUGUCUUUUGACAGUGAAGUGGACUGAUCCGGAGAAUGAUGAUGCAAUGGAUGCAUUUGUUCAAAGGUGGAUUCAAAGCGUACAGGCCACUACCACACAAGCUGGGAGUCGCCAUCGCUGGCUCUACAUAAAUUAUGCUUACCAUCAGCAAGACCCUUUUGCAGGAUAUGGAAGACACAACAAGCAAAGACUAAUCAGUGUGCAAAACGCGAUCGACCCGCAGGGAAUAUUCACCUCUCGAGGUCUAUGUAGAGGUUAUUUCAAGCUGCAGUAG